GCGUGGACGAGCUCAGGCCGCAGCGGCUCCACUCGUUCUGCGAGCCCGCGACCGAGGACGGCGCCAGUGGCCUUCGCUGGUGUUCGCACUCGGUGCAGAGGGCGCUGGAGGACGGCGGGGACGUGCAGAUGGCUUGGGGCAUGCGGGUGAACCCCGACCACAUCCUCUCGCUGGACACGGAGGCCGAGCACGGCGUGCGCCUCGCCGAGUGCUCGCCGCGGGAGCUGCGCCUGGAGCUGCCGGAGUCCCACGCGAGGCACGCCGCCGAGGGCAGGUUCGUCGUGGGCUCGCGCUUCGCGCACGGGUGCCGGCACCUCGAGCACCGGCCGCUGUACCACCGCAUCAAGGAGGUGAAGAG